CUGGCUGGCUCGGAGUCGGAGCGGUCUGCGAGCGUCCCCGCGGUGCGGAGCCGAGCUGCAGCGAGCCGGAGGGGCCGACGGCAGCGGGAGUCAGCGGAGAGACGGAGCCGUAGCCAGAGGCGCAUCGGGAUCUGUACCGACGGUGCAGAGGCGGCGAUGUGUGCGGCGGCGAAACGCUUGUGCCGGCGGACGGGGGUCCUGCUGUGCUGCAUCCUGCUGUCGGCAUUGGAAGCAGCGUGGGGGCAGCUGCGGUACUCGGUGCCUGAGGAGCUGCCCAAGGGCUCCUUCGUGGGAGACGUGGCCAAGGACCUAGGGCUACAAAUGCCGGCGCUCAGCGAAGGUGGCUUCCGCCUUGUCUCUAAAGGUAGGAUGCAGUAUUUCUCUCUGCACCGGAAGACGGGACAUUUGGUGACAGCGGAGAGGAUAGACAGAGAGCAGCUGUGCGAAAGUGAGCAGCAAUGCGUGCUGCGCUGUGAGCUGAUAGUGGAGGGGGAAAUGAAAGUUUACAGAAUCGCAGUGGAAAUCAUAGACAUUAAUGACAACGCUCCGAGCUUCAAGGAUGUUGAGCUGGAGGAGAGAAUAAUCGAAACGAGAGACCCAGGAUCUCGGUUUCCCCUCCCUGAAGCUUACGACCCGGACUCGGGGCCGAAUUCGCUGCAGAGCUAUGAGCUGAGCGGCGACGAGCACUUCUCGCUGGCCGUGCAGGCAGGCCCCGGCGGCGAUCGGCGACCGGAGCUGGUGCUCGCCAAGGCGCUCGACCGGGAGAAGGAGGCGUUUCACGAGCUGUUGCUCAGGGCGAGGGACGGCGGAGAGCCGCCGCGGACGGGCACGGCGCGGAUCCGCGUGUCUGUGAUUGACGCGAACGACAACGCUCCUGUGUUCAGCCCCGCGGAGUACACGGUACGUGUGCCUGAGGACGUGCUUGUGGGCUCCGUCCUCAUCACUGUCACGGCCACUGACGCCGACGAGGGGCUGAACGGGCACGUGAAAUACUCGUGGAAGAAAAUCACAGAGAAAGCAUCGAAGAUUUUCGAGCUGGACUCUGAGACGGGAGACAUCACACUGGUGCGGAGCCUGGACUUCGAGGAAGGAGACAGUUACGAACUGGAGGUGGAGGCACGAGAUGGAGGGGAGCUUUUCGACACUGCCAAAGUUGUCAUCACCGUGACAGAUGUGAAUGACCACGAACCACAUAUUUUGGUGCGUUCGGCACUGACCGAAAUACCUGAGGACGCCCCAUCAGGGACAGUAGUGGCGCUGCUGCACGUGCAGGACCGAGACUCGGGAGCCAGCGGCCAGGUGCGGUGCUCACUGGACGCGGGAGUCCCGUUCCGCCUUGAAAAGUCGUUUGAGGACUACUACAGCGUGGUGACGACGAGGCAGCUGGACCGGGAGGAGGUAUCGGAGUACAACGUCACAAUGAGAGCGGCCGACGGCGGGUCGCCGUCGCUAUGGAGCAGCACGGUGCUGGCGCUGCGGGUGCUGGACGUGAACGACAACGCGCCGGUGUUCAGCGAGGCGAGUUACAGCGCCCGGCUGCCCGAGAACAACGCGGCGGGCGCGCUGGUGCUGACGGUGCGGGCGCGGGACGCGGACUGGGGGCAGAACGCGCGCGUGCGGUACCGGCUGGGCGACGGGCGGGUGCGGGGCGUGCCGCUGUCGUCGUACGUGUCGGUGCAGGCGGAGACGGGCGCGCUGUACGCGCUGCGCUCGUUCGACUACGAGGAGGUGCGCGAGGUGGGGCUGUGGGUGGUGGCGGAGGACGGCGGCUCGCCGGCGCUGAGCAGCAACGUGUCGGUGCGGCUCGUGAUCGUGGACGAGAACGACAACGCGCCGCAAGUGCUGUACCCGCCGGCAGCGCCCGUGUCCGGGGCUGGCGUGGGUGGGUGGUCGGGGGUGGAGCUGGCGCCGCGGUCGUCGGAGCCCGGGGCGCUAGUGGCCAAGGUGGUGGCGGUAGACGCGGACGCGGGGCAGAACGCGUGGCUGUCGUACGAGCUGGCGAAGGCGACGGAGCCGGGGCUGUUCCGCGUGGGGCUGCACAGCGGCGAGGUGCGCACUGCGCGCUUCCCGCUGGCCCGCGACGCUGCCCGGCAGAGCCUGGUGGUGCUGGUGAAGGACCACGGGCGGCCGGCGCUGUCGGCCACGGCCACGCUGACAGUGGUGCUGGCCGAGAGCGUGGCCGAGCUGCUGGCCGAGCUGGGCAGUGAGGCAGCAGCGGCGGGGCCGGGCGAGGCGGCGGGCAGCCUAACGCGCUGGCUGGUGCUGGCUGUGGCGGCCGUCUCCUGCCUCUUCCUCGCCUUCCUGUUGCUGCUGCUAGCACUGCGCCUGCGGCGCUGGCGCCGCUCGCAGCUGCCUCCGGCGGUGGGCGGUGCCUUGCGCGGCGUCCCGGCCACGCACUUCGUGGGUAUCGACGGCGUCCGCGCCUUUCUGAGCUCCUACUCGCACGAGGUGUCGCUCACCGCCGACUCCCGCAAGAGCCAGCUCCGCUUGUCGCCCGGCAGCUGCUGCGACACCCUCCCGGCCCGCCCUCUGCCCGACGAGCCUGCACCGCUGCUCGGGGAGGACCCUGCCGGCGCUCGCCCACAAGACGUCGACCAUGCUCCGCUCAGGGAGGAUUCGUCACAGGGAAGGCCAAGUCUCCUGCAGAACCGUGCUGUCUUCUGCCGGCUCUCCGUGCCGGCAGGUGACUAUGGGAUGGUGUCUCAGUGUGAUAGUUGCUACGACCUGUGA